CUCCCCCUUGAGCCCUCCUCCUUCCUUGCCCCCUCGCGCCCCGUCUUCCUGUCGUGGCUCAGGGUCUCUCCCUUGCGGGUCCCCACCUGUAUCUCUCGCUCCGCUCGUUCUCCCUUCCCCCCCGCCCCUUCUCCCAGUUCAUCGUCUCGUUGCUGCCAUGUCCAAGCCCUCGCCUUGCACCGCCGGCCGCCGGCCCGCGUCGCCCGGCAACCCGAUCACCAUCGGCCUGGAGGGCAGUGCCAACAAGAUCGGCGUCGGCAUCAUCCGCGAAGACGGCACCAUCAUGGCCAACCUUCGUCGGACAUACAUCACCCCGCCGGGGCAAGGCUUUCUUCCCCGCGCCACGGCUCAGCACCACCGCAGCCAUGUGCUGGACCUGGUGCAGGAGGCCCUCGACCAGGCCGGCCUGAAGCCCGGCGACAUUUCGCGCGUGGCUUUCACCCAGGGCCCGGGCAUGGCCCCGCCGCUGAUCGCCGUGGCUGUGGCCGCGCGCACCCUGGCCCAGAUCUGGGAUGUCCCUCUGAUCGGUGUCAACCACUGUGUCGGCCACAUUGAGAUGGGUCGCCUCAUCACCGGGGCCGAAAACCCGGUGGUCCUGUACGUGAGCGGUGGCAAUACCCAGGUGAUUGCUUACUCCGAGCGGCGGUAUCGCAUCUUUGGCGAGACCAUCGACAUUGCCAUCGGCAAUUGCCUGGACCGCUUUGCUCGCGUCCUCGGCGUGCCGAAUGACCCGUCUCCCGGCUACAACAUCGAGCUUCUGGCUCGCAAGGGCAAGCGAUUCUGCCCUCUUCCCUACGUGGUCAAGGGCAUGGAUGUCUCCUUCUCCGGCAUCCUGUCGCAGGUGGAGAAGCUCGCCCGCGAGGGCGUCUACACUCCGGAGGACCUGUGCUACUCGCUGCAGGAGACCCUCUUCUCCAUGUUGGUCGAGACGACCGAGCGUGCCAUGGCCCAUGUUGGCUCCAAGGAGGUCCUGAUUGUCGGCGGCGUCGGAUGCAACCUCCGUCUCCAGCAGAUGAUGGGCCACAUGGUGGAGCAGCGCGGCGGACACAUCUACGCCACUGACGAGCGCUUCCUCAUCGACAAUGGCCUGAUGAUCGCGCAUGCCGGGUCGGAGAUGGCCCGCGUCGGGCUGACCACCCCCCUCGAGUCGUCGGCGUGCUCCCAACGCUUCCGCACUGAUGAAGUCUACGUGACCUGGCGCGAUUGAGCGCAUGUGUCCGGCCACCAAUAUAGAAGGCAAUCGCGUGA